GGGCCAAAGGUCAGCAGUAGCGUGAUCAGCUGACAGACUGCUCACACAUCUCAGACCAGAUUUAAUUUUGCUCAUUUUGUUCGCCCAAUUUUCGCGUUCUUUCUGCUCCAGUGAGUUAAUCCGGCCUGCAAAAUGUCUGAGGCAGAAUUCGAGAAAGCUGCAGAGGAAGUGAAAACUCUGAAGUCCACUCCUACAGAUGAAGAGAUGCUGGAGAUCUAUGCACUUUUCAAGCAGGCUAAGGUUGGGGAUGUUAACACAGCUCGUCCAGGUAUGUUAGACUUCAAAGGAAAGGCCAAAUGGGACGCCUGGGAGGCAAAGAAAGGCAUGUCCCAAGAGGAUGCCCGGGCAAAGUACGUCGCUAAAGUGGAAGAACUCAAGGGAAAAUAUGGAAUUUAACAUUUGAGCAUUCACAACUACUACUAUGUCUCUGAAGAUAGCUACAACAGCAAUGCUCAUUCCAUAGAAGUAAUAAAUUAGAGAUAGGUUUUGAAUGCAGUGAAGUAUUACACAAUGUUAGAAGGUAGUCUGAACUGUUUUUCACAUUCACAGUGUGCGGUUUUGCUUGAAACGUACAACAUUCAAAGUGACCAAUCACAGAGCUAGUUCUGUUCUUUUGGACCAAUCAGAUGUCAGAACAAAGGGUCAUAUAACACAAUCAUCUCUGAUUGGAUGAU